GCGGCGGGGCGGGUUCCACUCACUUCCGCUUGUGGAGGCCGUCCUUCCCGGGAGUGAGAGCGGGAGACGGCCGGGCUCGGGGACAGGCAUGGCGGGGGUCCUGCGGCUCUGGCCGCUGCUGCUGGUGCUGGCCGCGGCCUCCGCGGUCCCCGAGCAAGACGUCGGCCGCGAGCGAGACUUGCCGCCUCACCAGGAGCAGCAGAAGCCGGCGCCGCACCAGCAGCCGGCGGUACAAGGGCCGGAUCACCUCCGGGCUGAGAAAGGACCUACCCUCGUUGUUCCCGUCCAUUCGGUUACUGAAGAGUCUUCAGAUAAUACUAACGUAGGAUUUAUCCAUGCCUUCGUGGCUGCGAUUUCUGUCAUCAUUGUUUCAGAACUGGGCGAUAAAACCUUCUUCAUUGCUGCCAUUAUGGCAAUGCGUUACAAUCGCUUAACAGUGCUGACGGGGGCUAUGUUGGCCUUGGGGCUGAUGACGUGUCUAUCCGCUCCAGAGAAUGAAACUCUCAAACGGCCCUGGAGACAUGGAAGCCGGUACGGGCCCUGCAAUACCUCAGAAGAGAUGCCUGCAUUUUAUUUCUCCAAUUUUUGUGCAAGCAUUCACUUUAACAUUCCUGGCUGAGUGGGGCGACCGCUCCCAGUUGACCACCAUUGUCCUGGCAGCAAGAGAGUGACAAUCAUAGGAGGCAUUGUUUUUUUAGCAUUUGCAUUCUCUGCACUAUUUAUAAGCCCAGAUGUUGGAUUUUAGCAGGACUUUUUUCCUCAUUUUCCUUGAAAUACAAAAUUAGAACCAGUGACUGCCAUUCAGCUUCCUGUAUAUAAUGUACAGCUACUUAUUCAAACAAGCACUGAAGGUGGAAUGCUGUAAUUUUUAUAGUCAACAAUUAGUUUGAUAUGUUUUGUAGAUACGGUAUCUGCUGGACAAUUACAUGAUCUAUAUAUAUUUGGGAUAGGAAUAAUGUACAUUUGCUUACUGUACCGACUCAGAUCAACUGAGGUUCGGCUCCUGAAAUUUUGUGGAGUUAUUUUACUUGCAGAUGUCCAAAAAAAACACUGCUUGAAAAAAAAAAAACCUUUGAUUUUAUUUCUCAAGUACAUGGUCCCACAAUCAGAAAUGAAGAGCUAUGCCAACAAUUAAGUCAUCUAUUCAAGACAUUGAACAUGGUGGAAGAAUCAGGAUACGGAAUGUGCUAAUUCAGAAACGGUCUCAAAAUACAGAAUCCAUCUAGCUAUUUACAAGAUCAUUUUUUUUAUAUUUGAACAUUUGAUGCAUUUUCAGAUUAAAAUAUUCUUAAAGUGGUUAUUGUUUUCUUUUUAGUAAGUAUAAUAAUAUGGAGCAAAGUGGAUUAAAAAAUAGGUAUUUCCUAUUCUAGAAAUGCAAUUAAAAUGCAUUUUGGUUUCAUUCAAGAGGAAAAUAAUGUGUACAGUUCAAUAUUUUAUAUUUUUAGUGAUUGUGCCCAUUUCUUUUUAUUCCAGUACCUUUGAUGGAUAAAUAUUUCUGUGAUUUC